AGCCAUGAACCGUACACUGAUCACAGUUCUCCUACUGAUCUCGCUCCAGUCGAUUCUCGCCGCUGACUUCCUGGAUGUCCUCAAAGGCGACGGUUUAGGCAUGGGCGUCAAGAAGCGCCUCGUGGUGCACCGGAUUGGCCAGUGCCUUGGCCACAAGAACCUUUCGAUCUACAUGCCCGACUUCCAGGUAGCACCGUACAACCGCACUCAUUACUCCGUCAACGGUGAAGUUAUCUUCCACGAGGACUUUCCAAACGGGUGGACAGCUUCGGCCACCGUCAAAAAGUGCGACAGCUUCAGUGCCUCGGCCAACUGCCGGCCCUUCCUGAGCAACAUUGCCAACACGGACGUUUGCAACAUGCUGGCCGCCACCGACGCCAUCUAUGGCCGGUACAUGAGCAACAUCUCACCGAAGGCGCAGUGCCCGUUCCGGAAGGGAACCUACGUGGUUAAGGACCAGAUAGUGGAGGACGACACGACGCGGUUCUUGCCGGGUUCCGGAAACACCUACUGGGAGGUCAAGUCAACUGGGAAGGUUGGGGACCGCAUGGUGUUGUGCUUCAUAAUACAGCUCAACUCACGACCCAAGAAGACCAAGGAAUCUAGUGGGCCUUGAGUGUGGGCAGUCGUUUGACAGACGUUCUAAAUUUUACGUGAUUACUCUAAAUUGUAACUUAACCAAAUUCAAAUAAAAUGGAAGGAGAAACAAUGGCUACCACUAUAAGGGCUACCCUCGGGAAACUCGCGAUGCGCCACUUUCAAACUUUGGACGAUCUGUUUUGCUGUAUGAUCUUCGUCGUUUCAGCCAUUGCGUUUUGGUACGUGAUUGCGUGGGUCGUGGGCACCGUGGUAAAGCUGAUCUUUCCGGUAGUGGUCAUGUUUGUGUUUAUGGUCGUGUUUAACGAGCACUACUCCACAGUGCUGCCCAAACUGGUGAAGCAUGGAACUGAGUUCCUUUCUAAAAUUGGAAAUCGUUUUGGAAUCAUUGCCAAUCUUUUGGAUUAUGAAUAAU